GCCUUGUGGGAGAAACUCCCCAAGGGAGACAAGGGCCCUGUUAACUAUCCCCCACAUUACAGGGACCAGCUCACCCAGGGGAGGUUCAGUGUCCCCUCCACGAGGCCUGACGCCAGCAGGCUGGUGGAGGCUAUCUGCAUCCUGCUGUGUAGGAUCCAUCAUCAGAGCCGCUCUCUGGCAGGAGCUCGGAUCAGCCGCUGGUCUCUGAUCCUCAGGAGCUACUGGACCAUCAGAGACGGCGUGCUGGGAAAUCCAACCCUCCGAGCCAAGCUGCUUCUCUUUGAUAUAAACCAGAGGAUGCUCAUACAGUGGUUCAACUGGAGGAAGGCGACCCAGGAGGGUUACGUCCUCCAGGCCCAUGUGCCACCAGACCCCGUGCCGCCCACCAGAGAGAGGCCUCCCCUGGACCAGCCGGGCCCCUCCCAGGCCCCAGACCUACCAGUUGCUGUUGGUCCCACCACUGAGGCUGAACCUGCAAAUGCUGCUCCUCAACCACCUCUCCCCACAGUGGAGGCCAGCAGGCCCACUCCACCUCCUCAGAUACCAAAGACGAUGCUGUGGAAGCGGAGACAGCUGGACAAGAAGAGGCAGGAGGCAGAGAGACGGGGUCAGGACUUCAAAAUAAAGGCGCCCUUCACCUGCGUCUGCAGCCUCUGUAGUCAGCCGAAGACCAAACACUUUGGUCACAGCCGCUUCUUCAACAAGAAGUCCAGAACCAUGUUCCACUUCUGUCAAAGCUCCUCAGGGGGCAGGAGUGUGGAGGACUGGCUGGAGGAGAGGAGGAGGGAGGAGGAGGAUGGAGGAGGAAAUUCAUACAAAAUUCAAAAUGGCCAACUUCAGGUUGGGUUUCGAGCAUAGCCUCAGGAGACUAUUUUUUAAGUCUACAUGUGAUACACAUGGUUACCAACAUUUAUACAUCUAGACCAGGGUUAUUCUAUUAAUGUUCA